CCGAGCGGUGGAGUUGGAAGUAGGAGCAGAGUCGGCGGCACGGCCGUGGCUCGGUGGCUUGCGUGGGUACUGGGAGUGAGGCGGCUGGAUAGGACCAGUAUAGGGAAUGCAGGAAGAAGGCCGAGGAAAACCGAAAGUAGACACUUUAUUAAUAACGGCAUCAUUACGCGAUAGUAACGGGAUCCAGUAACACCGUAGGAUGCAGUGUUGUACGCUAGAUCUGACAUUCCCACCGGAACACGACUGUCAGGCAAGCCUUUCUAUUAGGGCCUGAUCGUCCUCAAUAUAGAUGAUCCUUACUUUAUUUUACCUUCCUUUCCCAUAUAGAGGUUUAUGCCCCCUUUUCUCUGUCUCCGCAUAUCUAGGUUCCUUGUUCCCUUUAUAUAGAGCCUCCUUACCCCUUUAUCUGUCCCCUAUAUAGACCAUAUUUUCACCCUAUUUACAUCUCUUCUGUAUAAAGGCUCCUUGUUUCCCCCACUGAUAUCCUCAAUAUAUAGAGCCUCUUUGUUUACAUUCAUAACCUCUUCUGAUAGAUAGAGCGUCCUUGUUUUCUACCGGAUUGCCCUUCUAUAACACAUUGUUAACCCCCGUGGUGCUUUGCUGUAUUUCCUUGCUUUUCUCCUGCCUGCUCUAACAGUAUAUGGUAUCUAUCUGUAUUUGUAUACUGUAUAUACCCAUAUGCUCGUCUUACAUAAUCCCCCUAAUUUUUAUAAUCCACAUUUUCAUAUAGAGCACUCUCUUUAUAUUUCCUGUAAAUUCAAUGUUUUCCAUGGUUCUUCCUUCCCAUAAGAUAUCUGUUUUAUGACUUGCAUUAUCAUCUAGAACCUUAUUUUUCACUAACUUGCCUUCCAUAAUAAUUGCUGCCCUUUCCAUGUAGUCGCUUAUUUUUUUUCCCCAAAUUACCCAUUUUUCCUUACAGAUCUCGCAAAACUACUUUUCCUUUCUGUUUUUUCUUCUUUCAAAAUAAAUUCUUAUUUGUUUUACCCUUUAGCUGUCAUCCUAUGUAGAACUUACCCUGCCUUUUAUUGUGUUCCCAUUUGAAUUAACUUUAUGAUUGUAUUAAUUGCCCUAAAUCUUUUAUCACAUAAACAGCCUCCCUGCCGCCUCCUCUAGAACAUCCUCACGAUAUUAAACACCUUUAAUUUAUCACCUAGUCGUAGCCCCCGUUUGACGACCUGUGCAAUAUAUAAGGGGUUAUUUCCCCAUUUGGGAACUCUUUCUGUCCCAGCUGGCUUGUUGUCAUGGGACGAAGCAGAAGGUCUCUAUUAAGCUGGAUAUUCUUGCAGCUGCUUUUUCUGAUCAGCAUUGUUGAGAGUGGUGCUCUUGGUGAGCGUUCAGAAAAUGUUCAUGUUUCAGGACUCCCAGUUGCUUGUGGAGGAAUUCCUGAACGAAUUAGAGAGCAGUGCGGGACAAUAACAAGCCCUGGCUGGCCUUAUGAAUAUCCAUCACGAGUCAACUGUAGCUGGUAUAUUCGGGGGAUCCCAGGUGAAAUAAUUACUAUCAGUUUUGAAGACUUUGAUCUCCAAGGAUCAAGUAAAUGCAACUAUGACUGGAUAACAAUUGGCCCUUCUCAAAAUUAUGAUGGCAACAGAGUUUGUGGCUCUACAAUUCCUGCACCCUACAUUUCUCUACAAGAUCAUGUGUGGAUCAAGUUUCAUUCAGAUGACCACAUCUCUAGAAAAGGCUUUAGAUUUUCAUAUGCUUCAGGAGUGAAAAAAUGUGACAGUUAUCGGUUCCAUUGUGACAAUGGAAAAUUUAUCCCAGAAUCCCUAAGAUGUAAUCGGAUGGAUGAUUGUGGAGAUGCCUCUGAUGAAAAGUACUGUGCCAAAGUCACACAUCCUACGAUUCCAUCCUUCCAACCAUGUUCAUUUAACCAGUUCCAAUGUCUUUCACGUUUCACCAAAGCCUACACCUGCCUCCCCAAAUCCUUAAAAUGUGAUGGUAAUAUUGACUGCCUGGAUUUGGGUGAUGAGAUAGAUUGUGCUGUCCCUACAUGUGGUCAGUCUCUCAAGUAUUUUUAUGGUGCCUUCAGUUCUCCAAACUAUCCGGAUUUCUAUCCCCCUGGCAGCAAUUGUACUUGGCUCAUUGAUACAGGUGAUCGACGCAAAGUGAUUAUGAGAUUCACUGAUUUUAAGUUGGAUGGCACUGGAUAUGGGGAUUAUGUCAAAAUAUAUGAUGGACUGGAGGAAAAUCCACGGAAGCUUCUGCGUGUUUUGACGGCUUUUGAUUCUCAUGCCCCACUUACCGUUGUUUCUUCCUCUGGUCAAAUAAGGGUUCACUUUUGUGCAGAUAAGGUGAAUGCUGCAAGAGGUUUUAAUGCAACAUACCAAGUUGAUGGCUUCUGCUUACCAUGGGAGAUUCCAUGUGGUGGCAACUGGGGCUGUUACACUGAACAGCAACGAUGUGAUGGAUACUGGCAUUGUCCUAAUGGAAGAGAUGAAUUAAAUUGUAGCAUGUGUCAAAAAGAUGAGUUUCCAUGCUCCAGAAAUGGUGUGUGCUACCCCAGAUCUGACCGUUGCAACUACCAAAAUCAUUGCCCAAAUGGUUCAGAUGAAAAGAACUGUUUCUUUUGCCAGCCAGGAAACUUUCAUUGCAAAAAUAACCGCUGCGUCUUUGAAAGCUGGGUUUGCGAUUCCCAAGAUGAUUGUGGUGAUGGUAGCGACGAAGAAAAUUGUCCUGUUAUUGUGCCUACAAGAGUUAUCACUGCUGCAGUGAUUGGGAGCCUCAUUUGUGGACUGCUGCUUGUUAUUGCUUUAGGAUGUACCUGCAAACUUUACUCGCUACGCAUGUUUGAAAGACGGUCCUUUGAAACACAGCUGUCCAGGGUAGAAGCAGAAUUGUUGAGACGCGAGGCUCCUCCUUCAUAUGGUCAACUGAUAGCCCAAGGUUUAAUUCCACCAGUAGAAGACUUUCCAGUAUGCUCUCCAAAUCAGGCAUCUGUUUUGGAAAACUUGAGACUUGCAGUUCGUUCUCAACUUGGGUUUACAUCGAUUAGGCUACCAAUCACAGGUAGAUCAAGCAACAUUUGGAACAGAAUUUUCAACUUUGUACGGUCACGUAAUUCUGGAUCAUUGGCAUUAGUGUCAACUGAUGGAGACAAUGCUACCAGCCAGAGUGUAAACAGAGACACAGAUCGGAAUAAUACUCAUCGAGGGCUUUUCUCAGUUGAGUCUGAUGAUACUGAUACAGAAAAUGAGAGAAGAGACGCACAAGGUGCAGUUGGUGGUGUUGCUGCUCCAUUACCUCAAAAAACUCCUCCUGUUUCUGCUAUAGAAGCUUCAGUAAGUGCAAAUGGUAGUACAUCUACUCAAGCUUCAUGCAGUAACAUAGCUGAUGCAAGGGAGACCUCUGCUUCAGAGCUACCAGCUGUAAGUCCAGCACGUCAGCAAAUCAGUAGUGCUCUUAGCCGAAUGACUCAAGGUUUGCGUUGGGUACGAAUUACUCUUGGGAGAUCAAGCUCUGCAAGCCAGAACCAAAGUCCACUGAGACAACUUGACAUUGGUGGAGGUGGAAGAGAAGAUGAUGACGAUGUAGAAAUGUUAAUUCCUACCUUAGACUUUGAUAUGAAUGACUGUACUAGACCAUUGCUUGAUCUUGCGUCUGAUCAGGUUCAAGGAAAUACACAAGGUUUAAGUUCACAUCAUGGCGUGAGGCCAUGCACACGUGAUGGCCCUUGUGAGUGCUGUGGCAUAGUGCACACCGCUCAGAUCCCUGACACCUGCUUGGAAGCAGUGUUAAAAAAUGAAACUAGUGACGAUGAAGCAUUGUUACUUUGUUAGACACACACAGCAGCGGAAACACUGCAUUCAGCAAUAUAUAGUCACUGUUUUGUACUUCACUGCAACUAAUUGAUGCUUGGACUAUUCAAGUGAAAAAAACUAAAGACUUGAAUGCAUCAUCAUGGGUACCUCUGGCUAUUAAAGUGAAUGUUUUACAUCCCAAAUGUUAUAUGCAUUUAACUAUAAACCAGUUUUGAAUAAUACAGAAAAUUCAAGCAGGUACAAAAUUAUAGUUUACACUAUAGAUAGACUAGUUGUGUAAAUGGCUCUGUGAGCAUCCUUGGUAUGGGCACAACUAUGAAUUUCUGAAAAUUUGCUUUAGUUAUUAACACAUGAUUCGCUACUGAUGCAAAAACCAUUGUACUGGCUUUAGUGCAUCAAGUGUUUACACAUUUUAAAUACAUGUGAAUCCAGAUGCAGUACGUUUUGUUCUUCGUUGCCAAACUAUAGACGCUAAGAAGAUGUUGGCUUGGUCUUUUAAUUUCUAUAUCCAUAUUUACAGCCAAUCACAAUUCUGUCAACAACAAAUAAGAUAACUAAGAGAAUGACUAAGCUCCUCUCUUUUGAUGGGCGCAAGUAACAUUGUUGUUUAUUACAACAUUUCAUUUGAAAAAGGGUUUGCUUAAAAAAAAGAAAAUGCACUGGUCUGCAACGUGCACAUUUUAAUUUAGAUACUAAUAAACGCUAAAUUAUUGGUUUUAGUACAGCCAUUUUAAAGAAAAUUAUUUUUUUAUUUGGGUUUUGUAAAGCAUUAAAAGUCUUGACAUUUUUAUAAUUGCCUAAACAAAAUGUGAAUUAAAAACUGUUUAAAUCUAAUUAAGCAGUAUCAGUUGUGUAUCUUCUAUGAAUUCUAUUUGCUGAUGCAGAUACCUCCCACUAAUGCUAAUUGGCUGAUAUUUAACAAUUCUUAUUGUAUCUUUCAGCCAAUGAGCAUCAGGUUGAAAUGCUUAUAAUUCAGUGAGCGUUAAUAGGAAGUACAGAGCUGAUACUUAUUAAAUAGUUUGUUUAAAUGUAAACACCUUGGCAAAAAAAAAAAAUCAGUGUUUUUAAAUAAUGUUGUGUCCUGUUGGAUGAUAAAAAUAUCCUUUUAAAUCAUCACUGAUGACAAAAGCCAGGCCCCAGCACUAAAUAUCUAUUUUAAGUUAACAAAAUCAUUUGUCAAUCUUUUGCACGCAACUUUUGAAAAAUAAUAAAUUAUAUAACUUGUCAUUGGUUCACAUUUAUAUCUGUUUUAGGCAAUUUGCAGCAUUUUGAUAAUUUUAGGUUACGUAUUUUGCUUUAUGGCCUCUCAAGGGAGCGUGGGACAAAACACAACUUUAAAGGGACAGUCAACACCAGAAAUGUUGUUGUUUAAAAAGAAAGAUAAUCCCUUUAUUACCCAUUCCCCAGUUUUGCAUAACCAACACAGUUAUAUUAAUACACUUUUUAUCUCUGUGAUUAUCUUGUAUCUAAGCCUCUGCAAACUGCCCCCUUAUUUCAGUUCUUUUGACAGACUUGCAGUUUAACCAAUCAGUGCUCACUCCUAGGUAACUUCACGUGCGUGAGCUCAAUGUUAUCUAUAUGAAACACAUGAACUAAUACCCUCUAGUGGUGAAAACUGUCAAAAUUAUAGGCGGCCUUCAAGGUCUAAGAAAUUAUCAUAUGAACCUCCUAGGUUUAGCUUUCAACUAAGAAUACCAAGAGAACAAAGCAAAAUUGGUGAUAAAAGUAAAUUAGAAAGUUGUUUAAAAUGAUAUGCCCUUUUUGAAUCGUGAAAGAUUAUUUUUUUUGGACUUGACUGUCCCUUUAACACAAAAGCAGGUGGUGUUAAAUAUCCCUUUUUUUUAAAAAAAAUAAUUUGAUCAACUUUUUAAUGAUACCACACAAUGGGGCCUAUUUAACAAAGGUCUGUCGGACCUGAUCCGACAGUGCGGAUCAGGUCAGACAGACCUCGCUGAAUGCGGAGAGCAAUACGCUCUCUGUAUUCAGUAUUGCACCGGCAACUCUUGUGAGCUGCUGGUGCAACGCCGCCCCCCUACUUGAUCGGGUUGAAUUGUGGCGAUUCCUGUCGGCCUCCGAGCAGGCGGGCAGGGUUAUGGAGCAGCGGUCUUUACGGAGCUUGAUAGGCCCCUAUAUAUAAAGCACUUUUUUUUAUAGUGACAUGUCCCUUUCUCGUCUAACAAUUAAGACGUUCAAUUUAAAGUUCUUUGGUGUUUUGGAGAUAGGUUCCAUAGAAUUUUUUUUUACACUGAUAACUAACCUUUAAUAAAAUGCUUUUACAGAUAAGUUUGUGGAAACCUCUUUCCAUGUGUAAUUUGUACAAUCAACUGAUUUUUAACCACCAUAAUGGAGACAAAUUGCUCAGCUAAAAGAUAACAUUUCCUAUCACCACAUAAUGAAUAGUAGACCUGCAUUUGAUGUGACUAUAUAUGACCACUGUAGUUGUAUUUGAGGCUGGAUUUGUGCAAAUUUAGAUGUUUAUGUGUUUAAAUAAAUUCAGCGCGAAAAAGGCAAAUGCUGUGGCCAUAUUCGUCAUUCAUUUUGAAAAUAAAUCGUUGAGUGCACGUGAAUAGUAAAUUGUAACUUACUUAUUUUCCACUUUGUCCAUUAGAACAAUAGAGGUUCACUCUUAAUCUUGUUUUUUAUUUUAUUUUUUAUAUGUAUUGACAAAUAUUCUCUCAUAAUAUUGCAAUAUUUAAGGGGACAUGAAAGUCAAAAUAUAAACUUUCUCAAUUCAGAGCAUGCAGUUUGAAACCGCUUUCCAAUUUAGUACAACCUCUUGGUAUCCUUUUUUUAAAGAGCAUACGUAGAUAUGCUCAGAAAAGUGCACUUGUCUUGAGCAUUAUAUGGUAGGAGUGUUUGCAGCUAUGUAUAACAUUGCUAUAAAUGUUAUAAACACUGCAUCUAUAUCCCUCAACAAUAUAGAACAUUGAUAAAAAAAAAUGAAACAUUGCUACAAAUACUGCUGCCUUAUAAUGCUUAGGGCAUAUGCACACUUGAGCCUACCUAGGUAUGCUUUUCAGUAAAGGACACCAAAUGAAUCAAGUAAAUUGUGAAGUUGUAUAAAAUUGCAUGCUCUGUCUGAAUGAGUUUUUUUACUUAUGGCUUUUAUUUACCUUUUUAAAGGUUGAGAUGCUAAGAUUAUACCUCAAAUUAUGAGUGAUUUGUUUUAUAUUUAACCUCCUUCCCUUUACUUUAAAACAUUUACCUUUUAAAAGUGACGCUGUUCUGAAACCUCUAUCAUCGAUAUAAAAGAGCAGCAUUUAAAUAGUUAAAACUAAUAUAGCAGUAUCAGUUGUGUGCUUACUGGCUAAUAGGUAAGGUUAUUCUUGCAGUUCAUAUUUCAUGGCAAAAAUACAUGUUUAAAAGGCCACUAAAGUCAAAAAUAAAGUUUUAGGUUUCAAACAAAGCAUGUAAUAAAAAAAACCUAAUGUACUUUCAUUAUCAAAACAUGCACAUUCAUUUUUAUAUGCACAUAUUUGAGUCUCAAGCUCCUACUAAGCAUGUGUAAAAUGCACAGUAUAUACAUUUUGUGAUUGGCUGACUGCUUUCACAUGAUACAGAGGAAGCUAAAUUUAAUUUUAAAUAAGGCAGUAGAAUAUUUUCUGGCAAAUUUUAAAAUGAAUCCAAAUUAGGUGUUAAUGCAUUAUCCUUUUAUUGUGUAUUUUUACAGUUAUUCAAUUCUACUCUAUCUAUUAACAUAGCAACAUAGUAGAUGAGGUUGAAAGAAGAUAGAAGUCCAAGUUAAACCUAUACAGAUCCUACUUGGUUUACAAUAAAGAAGCUCCAAUUGAGCUUAAAUUCCAUUAAAAAGGGUGACCCAUUUUAACACAAUCAUAUCCCUGAAUUCUGUUUCUAGCCAAAAAUGUAGCUAAGCUAUUUUAAAUGUAUCUAACGUAUUGGCACUCACUACCAGUUUGGCUAACCUCUACUCAUAGUUUAAAUUCUCCAUUCCUCUUAUUACUUUUGUGGCCCUUUUAUGAAAUCUUUCUAUCUCCGCAAUGUCUUUUCUAAGAUCGGUCCUCAGAACUGCACUCCAUACUCAAGGUGAGGGCUUAUAUAGUGACAGAAUUAUUCCUUCUUCCCUUGCAUCAAUGACUCUCAAUAUAUGCUAGUAUCUUAUUAAAGGGACAGUCUACACCAGAAUUUUUAUUGUUUUAAAAGAUAGAUAAUCCCUUUAUUACCCAUUUCCCAGUUUUGCAUAACUAACACAGUUAUAAUAAUAUACUUUUAACCUCUGUGAUUAUCUUGUAUCUAAGCCUCUGCAAACUGCCCCUUUUUUCAGUUCUUUUGACAGACUUGCAGUCUAGCCAAUCAGUGCCUGCUCCCAGAUAACUUCUUGUGCACGAGCACAGUGUUAUCUAUAUGAAAUACGUGAACUAACACCCUCUAGUGGUGAAAAACUGUUAAAAUACAAUCAGAGGUGGGCUUCAAGGUCUAAGAAAUUAUCAUAUGAACCUCCUAGGUUAAGCUUUCAACUAAGAAUACCAAGAGAACAAAGCAAAAUUGGUGAUAAAAGUAAAUUGGAAAAUUGUUUAAAAUGACAUGCUCUAUCUGAAUCAUGAAAGUUUAUUUUGGCCUAGACUGUCCCUUUAAGCUUAGAAGCUACUGCCCUGCAUUGUGAACCAAAUUUUAGCUUAUUUAUAAGUAUGCCCAAAUCCAUUUCCUCCUUUGUUUUGGUAAAUCCAGUCCCAUUUAAUUUAUAGGUUGCCUGCUUAUUUUUACUUCUAAAAUAUAGAACCUUACAUUUUCCAAUAUUAAAUGUAAUUUACCAGCCCAUUCUUCCAAUUUUUGUAAAUCCUCUUUCAAAGCAAUUUCAUCCUGCACUGACCUAAUGACUUUACACCACUUUGAAUAAUCUACUAAAAUAGAGAUGUUAUUAUGUAAUCCUACCUCCUAGUGAUUAAUAAACUAUUAAAAAGAACAGGGCCUAGUACUGAUCCCUGGGGGACACCACUAAUUACAUUUGUCCAAUCUGAGUAUGAUCAAUUUACUACUACUCAUUGCUCCCUGCCUUUUAUUGCUGCUAUUUCAUGAGGAUGGUUGACCGUUUUGAGAACUGUGUCCCUUUUAAUUGUUCUAAAAUGACCUGUUCUAAUUUUGCAUCAAAUUUCUGUCAAGAUAAUAUAGUUAAAUAAUAUAGUAAACUAACUACAGAUUCAUAUGUCACUAAAUUAUGCUUGUGUACUUUUAUGAAAAGCAAUUAACAUCUGUUUCUUACUAGCCAAGCAGCAAAUUUUGACUUCACCACUAUAUGAAAUUUAGGGUUUUUUGGGUUUGUUUGUUUUUUGCAGUUAAAGGGAUAUUCCAGCCAAAAUUGGAAACUACAUGGGUGCAUUUCGGUAUUGAACAGAAGCAAUUUUAUAAUAUACAUGUAUUAGCAAAAAUGCUUCUAAUAAAAGCUAUUGCUGUUUCAAAAGUGUAUUUAAGUAUGCACCGUGCACCAGCAUUUUAAGCACAACACUUUUUCAGAGAGCCUACAGUGCUUUUACCAUCUGAUAAUGACUCAAUUUGUUAAUUGGUGACGUGAUACAAGCCCCACUGAUGACCUGAGCAGCUGCAUUAUUUAAAAUGUGAGUGCAGUGAAAAUAUCUUGCUAUGCUUCACAUGCAGAGAUAAAUGUUAACACUAAAACAGUGAUAACUCUUAAUAGAAGCAUUUUUGCCAAUACAUGUAUAUUGCAAAUAUGUUUCUAUUCAAAGAUUCAAUAAAUCUAUGUGCAUUCAUAUUUUGACUGGAAUGUCCCUUUAAUACCAUAAACAACUGCAUAUAUAAUUGAAAUACUUGCUCAUAAUCUGACAAAAUGAAAACAAAAGCUUAAAAAAAUAAAUACAUUAUUUAUAAUGGCAUUUGUGUUCAUGAAUCACUUUUGUCAAUUCAGUACUUGUUAAGUUCGCCUCUUAAAGUCAAUUAUGGUCUCCAUUUUUCAACUGGUUAUGUUCACUCAACUGGUUAUGUUCACUCAACUGGUUAUGUUCACUCAACUGGUUAUGUUCACUCAACUGGUUAUGUUCACUCGGCUGGUUAUGUUUACGCGACUGGUAAUGUUUACGCGACUGGUAAUGUUCAUGCAACUGGUUAUAUUAAUUCAAUAGUUAAAUGAGCAUUAUUAAAAAUGAUUUGACUGGUGUUAAACUGGUUAUAACACUAUUUUGUUCCAAAUUUUAUAUAUGCAUACACACACACAUAUAUAUAUAUAUAUAUAUAUAUAUAUAUAUAUAUAUAUAUAUAUAUAUAUAUAUAUAUAUAUAUAUAUAUAUAAUGUAUUUAUUUCUGAGCCCUCUAUGGGUGCCAGGAAUGUCACUUUUUACUUGGAUAUAGCUAUUCAGAGUCCCAAAAAACUGAAAGAAUACUGCCUAGCUACAUUAGUAAUAUUACCUUUCAGAACAAAACAAAUUGUGAUAUAGGAAAUGGAUACCACGAAAGUAUAACACAUCAAAAAAAAAAAUAUCAUCUGCUGUUUAUUUAUUCUUUUCCCUUUUAUUUUAGGAUGUAUUCUGAUGUAAUAUGAGAAUUGUGUUUUGUGUCUAUGCUAUUUAUUAAAUUUUUAAGUACUUUGAAAGUCAUUUUAAAAGCAUGUUUCAAGUCUUGUGCAUAUGUCCUGUGUAGUCAGUCAAACUGACCAAAUAUUUUAUUAUGUAUAAACAUUAAAAUUACUUUUUGCUA